GUCAAUACUCUUCUCUAGUCAACUGCAUAUUUCUCAGUGACUCUACACUAUAUGCUCUGUGCAAUACUAUAAUGUCCACCACCACGACGGCCAGCACCUCGGCCGUCACGGAAGUGCAAAUCUUCGGCGAGGUCGAGCGGGUAGCGGUUGCUGACGAUGUCUACGGCAGCAUCGUCGCCGUCGACACCGCCGCCGGCCUGACCACGAUCGCGUUCGACUGCCGCCCGAGCGUCUCGUCAUGCAGCGCCGACGGCAACCUGAUGCCUCUGACUGUCACGCAGGGCCCGUCCACAUUUGCGUUCGACCAGACCAGCAUCUGGUAUCGCGAGUGGCUCACAGAAUGGUACUCAAUUCAUAUCACCUGCGAGAUCACCUCGUCCGCCUUGAGUGCGAUCUGUCUCUCCUCGCAGACGCCCGUGUCGCGGGUGACGGACACUGACACAGGCACGGAAACGACCACGGGGACGUACGCGGUCACGGAGCCCGCGGAGACCGCAUAUCUCUUUUCGCUGACACAGGGUGAGGUGUUCUGGGACAUUUUUACUGUCACGGGCGGGGUAUCCAAAUUGCCCGGAACAGCCACUGCAACAGCUACUACUACAACGAGUUCUUCGACAACAACCACAUCUACCUCUACCAUCACCACCACAUCUUCUUCAUCAACAUCCUCCUCUUCAUCUUCGUCGUCGUCGAAGGCAUGGAUUGCCGGCCCGGUUAUCGGAGGGAUAUGUGCCGUCGCCCUCGUCGCGGUGGGAUUAUGGUGGUACCGGAGGAGGCAGAGAACACCAAUACAGGCGGAAACCGCAGGGAACACAGAAGGCAACUUACCACCAUAUUAUGAUGCGUAUGAUGGGGCGAAGCCGGUGGACAGUAUGGCAGAAGCACACUCACAGCCAUUGAAUGAGAUGCCGGCGAAUGAAAUGCAGGUGGCGGAAUUAGGGCAUGAGGGGCGGCUGGAGUUGGAGUAGUCAGUUUAUAUAUAGAGUAUAUAUAAAGUUCUUUAUUAGUGGAUACCCUGUUGAAUGGCCAGCUGAGUUGUG